GAACCGGACGGGCGAGGUACCUUUGGCAUCAUCAAGGCUUGCAUUGUUACCCUGGCGCUGGCUAUCUACACGUCGCUCCACCUCAAAGUUGCGGCCGAAGACGAGAGCGGGACGACCAAGCGACUUCGGAAGGCAAAAUGGGUCGCCAUCGCCAUGUUUGCCCCCGAGAUGGUCGUGUACAUUGCCUGGUGCCAGAGACACGAAACAAGACGACUUCACAAGGACGUGCAGAUUGCACUGGAGCAGGGGGUAUGCCCACCAAACAAACGGAAACACCCGUGGACCGCGAGACACAGCUGGUACGCCUUCAUGGGCGGGUUUGCCCUCAGUACCACUCCUUCGACCCCUAAAGACGACGAGUACAUCCCCGGCUCGCCCCAGCUCUGCCUGACACGAGAAGGCGUGGAGAUCAUGGCGCGGGACGGGCUGCUGCCCGACAUUCCGAAGCGUCACAUCGACGACAAGAGCAAAGCCGACAGCCUGGCCAAGCUGUUCGUCGUCGCCCAGUCGUCCUGGAUGAUCCUGCAGUGCGUCAUGCGGUGGUCGUCCGGGCUCUUUGUGACAGCCCUCGAGCUCAACACGCUGGCGCAUACCGUGUGCGCGCUGGCCAUCUACCUGAUAUGGUGGGAGAAGCCGCUCGACGUCGGGGAGGCCACCAUCCUCGCGGGCGAUUCCUCCAUCAAGACGGUUGCUUCGGUCCUUUGCAAUACGUUUCCCGAGAGGCCGAAUGAAGACCUCGCCGAGCCAAGCUUUGCUGUGGGCUACGGGAACGCCCAAAACCAGUCACUAGCUGCCCCUAGAGCUGAGCCUGGAGUGCACACAACACUGGCCCAGAAGCCCCUUGUCCGGCAAGUCUUACUCUACGAUACCGAGAAGGGAAUAUUCUUGUCGCGAGACUUCGAAAGCACAUCCCCACCCUACCUACUUUCGCUACACGGGACCCUAAGUUCCAACUCGUGGGAUCUGCAGCAUCAUCUUUCGCACCGCUUGCCCUACGUAGAGCCUCUUGCAAGACGUAUCCUAAGCUGGCAGCAGUUCCUCGACCCGCGAAUGAGCUGGGACGGCGUCUUGUCGGUGGGCGUGUUUGUGUUUGUCACGCUGGCGUGCAGCGGCAUCCACGCGUCGGCCUGGAACGACGAGUUCCCCUCGGCCAUCGAGCACCUGCUCUGGAAGGUCUCGUGCAUCUAUCUGCCGUGCUACGGAAUUCUCGCCAUGGUAAUCAUAACCGCGAUCCAUAGAUCUUCCAAAAAGGACAUGUUUGUUUUCAGGCUGCGAGACAUCGGGCGGGCACUCUCGCCCUACUUGGGAGUCUUCAAGCCUUUUCUCUUUGGCCCAGGCGCAUUUUUCUUGGGAAGUCUCACUUUGGGCUUCGUUGGAGCAAGGGUCUACUUCGUUGUGGAGUCGUUUCUUGCCCUUCGUAACAACCCUCGGGCGGCCUAUGACACACCGAACUGGACUCAGUACCUGCCUCAUCUUUAG